ACCUCCCAAAAAAAUCUGGGGUCCCAACCCAAAACGACGUUGUCCUCUUAAUCCCAGCCCUUCCCCUUUGCCUUUGCCUUUGCCUCUUCUGCAAUCAUCUCCAUCUCUAUCUGUGAUUCCUUCUCCAUCGCCUCUCAUCUCCAUCGACUCCUCCGAAUCCUCCGAAUCCUCCGAUUCCACUGUAAUUCAUUUUCUCGGUCGACGGUAACCCUUGCUUUUUUUCACUUCUUCUGCAAUCAUCUCCAUCUCCAUCGAUUCCUCCAAUUCCUCCAAUUUUUCAAAUGCAAUCCCACACCAACGGCUUAAUCCCCAACACCCACUACUUUAACCCCAUUAUGCUACUGCAAUUCAUCAUCUCCGUCGAAGAGAAGGAAUCGAGGGACAAUACAAUCACGCCGUCGACGGUAGCAAAAAAGGAAUCGAAGGAAAUGACCUUCUGAAAGUAUUUUUGUUUUCUUACUCCAAUUUCUUGUUGAAUCUGGAAAAGAAAAGCUUGCUUGUAGGAAUUGUUUGUUUAUUCAAUUAAAUUUGGUAGCCAGAGCCAUUUUUUCUUAACUAUCUGAUGAUAAAAUUCUUAAAUUGGUGCCUUGUAAAUUAUGUAAAUUAUUUGUUCAUGCUAUAGAAUACUAGUAUUUUGAGGAUUGGAGCAUGCAGGUGACUGUAGUAUUAAUGGUGUUGUCACACUGCUUCCUUUAGAACUGUUUUAUGCUAUUAGAAUUUAGUAUUGUUUUCCUUGGUGCCCCCUAGAGGCCUGGCUUUGGAGUUUUUCAUAUUGGUAGCUUUUAUUUGUUCCUUACAUUAAGUUUGCAGAUUGGUACCUAUGCUAUUAUAAUUUACUCGUUCUAGAAUUUAGGCUUGGUUUUAUGGUUUUAAUUUGAAGAUUGUAUUUUUGUUUGUUGCGUUGUUUGGAUAGGGUUAAUGCUUAGGGAAAAUUCAAGUAGAUGAAAGAAAGUUCUUUUGUUAUGACAAGUCAGAUCAUAUUUUAACAAAUUGAAUGGCACGGCAGCAGAGGGCAAAUGAAGUUCUCUUUUGUGUUUACAGCUAUUGAGGAGCCAACUUAGCAAACGUGAUGUCUCAAGACCUCUCUUUCAAUGAUGAGGUUGAACAAUUAAAGAAUGAGGUUGCUGUUGCUUUUGAGAAGAAGAUAGUUUCCUUCAUAGUGGAGAAUGUUGUGAAGAAUAAGUUGAAUAAGGCAUAUAGCAAAAAGCCCAAAAAAACAAGACAUUCUGCAGAUUUAGCCUUAGCUUGAUUGUGGCUUUUUCUUUUUCAUGUUUUUUUGGCUUUAUUAUGACAAAAUGUGACUUGUAAGCUCACAUACAAAAUUUUGUACUGUACAAUGUAAAUUGGUUAUAUGCAAUAAAGUUGGCAAUUGCCU